AUGGCUUCGACCCAAAAGCUCGUCCGCGUCGGUCUGAUCGGCUGCGGCGAGAUCGCACAGGUAGUUCACAUCCCGACUUUGGGAUUCCUCUCAGACUACUUUCGCAUCACAUACCUCUGCGACGCCUCGGCUUCAGCCCUGGACCACUGCAAGAGCAGGGUCAUGGGCGGCGUCACCCCGAGCACCACAACGACGCCCGCCGAGCUGUGUGCGUCGGCCGACGUGGACGUGGUCUUGGUGGCGAGCAGUGAUGCGCACCAUGCCGAACACGCCGUCCUGGCAUUGCAGCACCACAAACACGUCUUUCUCGAGAAGCCCGCGGCGCUCAACGUGCGCGAUCUCCAUCGGAUUCGGGACGCUGAGGCCGGAUCCCGCGGCAAGGUCAUGGUUGGCUACAUGCGCAGAUAUGCUGCUGCCUUUCAAAAAGCUGUCGAGCUUAUUGGUGGCAUGGACAAGAUUCUUUACGCCCGCGUGAGAGAUAUCAUCGGUCCAAACUCUACGUUUGUCGACCAGUCUGGCACUUUUCCCAAGAAGUUUACAGAUUUCUCCCAGCAAGAUUCUCGGGACCUUUCUGACAAAACUGCGGAAACGGUCACCACGGGCUUGGCAGAAUGCGGUGCCAGUGACUCAGAGUCAAACCGGCGGCUUUGGCGGUUGUUAGGAGGCUUAGGAUCUCAUGAUCUUUCGGCUAUGCGUGAAGCGCUCGGGAUGCCCAAGUCGGUUCGUGGUGCAUGCUCAGCUGGACUUUUCUGGAAUGCUAUCUUCGAGUACGAGGGCUUCCAUGUGGCCUACGAGUCUGGCAUUGACAAUGUACCUCGUUUCGACGCGCAUAUUGAGGUCUACAGCCAAGAAAAGACUGUGCGAAUCCAGUAUGAUACGCCCUACGUCAAGGGGCUACCCAUCUACGUCAAAGUUGCCGAGAAUGAUGGUGGCGUGUACAAGGAGACACAAUUCAGAAUCACGUAUGAAGACGCAUAUACGCAAGAGUUUAGGGAGAUGUACGAAUGGUACACCACAGGCAAGCCUGUAAAGACGACUAUUGAAGACGCCGAGAACGAUUCCAAGAUCUUCGGUAUGAUAAUGAAAGCCGCCCAGCGGUAG